AUGAAGCAAACGCCGGCGCCGGCGGACCAGCAGCAGAAUAGGCGGCGGUGCUGCCCGCUCCGACAAUCGCGCAAGGGGUGCAUGAAGGGCAAGGGAGGGCCUGAAAACCAGCGAUGCCCCUUCCGCGGCGUCCGCCAGCGCACCUGGGGUAGGUGGGUGGCCGAGAUCCGUGAGCCCAACCACGGCGCCCGCCUCUGGCUUGGCACGUUCGCCACUGCGCUCGAUGCCGCACGCGCAUAUGAUGCUGCGGCAAGGGCGCUCUAUGGUGACUGCGCACGCCUCAACCUGGCAGCACCUCCCCUUCCUCCCAUGACCGCGAUAGUUCCUCUCCCUCAUGCGCAAGAGCAACAGCCUCCGGCUCAUAGCACCGACACCAACAACACCACUGCACUGUGCUACUCCUCCUCAACCUCAACAGUGUCGACGACAACCCCCACUAACUUGGGCACAUUUGACAUUGAGUGGUCCUAUUACAACGCGGCGGGGGCGUUAGAGUUGGGGGACUUCGAGGCAUAUGUGGCGGGGCUUCCCAAGGCGGAAGACUUUGGGUUGGAGGGGUUUCAGGAGGUGAUGGGCGAUUAA